UCUGCUGCUGGUCUCCAGCACAGGUGCUAAAAUUAGACUCAGGCGAAGUGGGAGAGACUGUUCACCAGGGUAGACGUUCAGAAAAAAGCAAACUUUCCCACCUGCUAACAUCGCCUCCCCGCCCCUUGGCAUUGGCAGAUCCUGGUCGGUGGAUGCGGGCAAAACAUCCGUGCUGAUUGCCAGCAGCAAGUGGGCAAAUGCCCUGAGAUUGCUGGGUAUUAAAGAGGAGCCAAUGGGGAGGUCCGGAGAAGCAGGUGGUGGGCGGGGCCUGCAUAGCCCCGACCCUCUGGUCCGGGAGGCCUUUGUGAUGUCAUAUGACUAUAUCAGCUACGUGACAGCGAGGCCCGGCACAUCUGUGCCCCCUGCUCCUUCAGUCGCAGCUGCUGCCCUCCGACACGCUGGAGACGAACUGCUCUUCAAAUUCCCCAUCUUUUUUCGCCGCUGGCCACGAGUCUUCCAGGAUGUGACGGAGACCACCGCCUGCCCCAUGCUCAUUGCCAUCCUGGAUGAGCAUUUUGCCCCCACCCCUGGGGGGCGCCGGAGAGAGUUGGCCUGGAGUGCCAUCUUGUCAGUGUAUGUGCUGGCUGGACAGAUGGCAUUGCACUGCCAGGAGAAGGGCAUGCUGGGAACUCUUCCCGAGCUUCAGGAGUGUGUAGGGAUGUAUGUGGAAAGGUUGAUCUGCCCAGAGAUCCGGGACAAGGGUGGGUGGUCUGGAUUUGUGUCUCGCUUUGGUAAGAAGCAGGACCUAGAAAGCUACGUGAAGAAAGUGUGCAGCUGGACUCUACUCAUACUGACCAUGAGCAUCGUCUCGUAUUUCUUGUGGAAAAGGAGGGUGCAAUAAAUCACAGCACCAUCUGGUGACAAGGAUGAUUCAUGCCGAAGAAUGUCCUGAAGAAAGCCUUUUCAUCCAUAAUAUUUUCUCGGUUUCAAAACAACACUGGCAAGUUGCAACAGAAUGAUUACAAACCGACCCCUAAGCAGCCACAAGAGGGCGGCAGUAUCCCAUUUACCAUUUUUAAUUUUGUGCUUGACAAGUCGGGUUGCCAGUCAGAAAACAAAUUAUAUUCACAAUCCUUCCUAUAAACUGCACAGCAUGGCCUGAAACCAGUCAUUGUGGAACAAGGUGUCAGGGGGGGGGGAAUUCCUCCAUGACUCAAUUUUGCAAACACAUUUGCCCUUUAUGUUGCAUAUAGCCUAUUUUUGUGCCCCAUUUGACUGCAUCUCAUUUUGAGUUUUUCUGGUUUAAAAAUUAAUUGCAUCUUGUGUGCAUUAUGAAAUUUUUGCAGCAGCUCCCCGCCCCCCAUAAUACUCCACCUUGUUUCACAAUACUGUUUCUUAAGUAGCAGAAUAUUGCAUGAAAACCGCAAUUCUGGCAACCCUGGUCACAAUGAAUUAUAAAGCACGUAUAUGGCUUCA